AAUUUCCCAUUAUGACACCUAAAAACUGUAUGUGGGUAAAGAUUCCAUCAUUCUAUUCCAAUUACCUACAAUGGCUAAAUGCUGGGAAAUGUUCAUACUGCCAAACCCAGUGUCUCUACAUUUCCCUGUGCGUAAUGGCUGAAAUAUUCAAACGUUUUGGGUUGAGGACCGGGCGUUGAGUUUAUAUUUCUUUAUAAUAACACAAUGUGCGCACUGGCAGUUAAGCUACCGAUGAUAUGUAGGCCUUUUAUGGGUGUCCUGCGCAAGAAUGGCGUGGAGUGGAAUUGGCGUCGUGGGCUACAUGGACUUCCACAGGAUGGCAGCGUCAUUUGUUUGCGCAACAGCGUCAAUGGGGCAGAGGUUUAUCUGGUUGGUACAUGCCAUGUAUCGGAAAAAAGUGCACAGCUUGUCAAACAGAUUGCACUGGAGGAGUGCAAAAGACUGGAAGCACAACUUCUUCUCAUUGAUGAAGAUAUUUAUGUAACAGUAAGAAACUUGGGUGAUGUACUAUCACGAAGACCUUAUCUAAGCAUAAUUAAGGAUAAAGAGAUGCUCAAGGAAUUGGCUGAAAAAUUAGAAAUAGAAGAGCUGCUUGAGAAUACGACUGUGAGGAAUUUUUUCAGAAAACUUACAGAGAAGUUGAUUGAGAAUACGACUCAGAGGAAUUUUGUCAGAAAACUUACCGAGAAGUUGACAAGUGAAAUUCCUGAUAUUGUGAGGGUGAUUUUAACUCAAAGGGACCAAAUGAUGUUUGAGAACCUCAGGAAAUGUAAAGGGAAGGUAGUUGCUGUGGUGGGGAUGGCUCAUAUGGAUGGAAUCGAGCAGAUGUGGAAAGAUAUCGAACAAAAUCUUUGAAUGAUAGAUGGACCCCUGGCCUCAGUCUGAGCAUUAUCUGAGCCCAGCAAUGGUGGGAUCACACAUGUGGGGCCCAUCCUUGAGAGUGACAAGAUUCAAACUUGUGAGCAUAACUGUCCAGCAGGGGCACAAACUCCUCAAGUGCACCAGCCCAGCAGAGAUUUUAACCUGAGUGGUUGUUAAAACAAUGAUGUGCUUCAACCAUGGCUCUAUGCCCUUAAUGGCAUAUGCAUGAUAAAGGUUGACUGUAGACAGCAGAGUAAUUAAAAUCUUACAUCCAUAGAACUCUAGAAAAUAUAGUGUAUACAUGAUAAAAUGUUAAUAGAUAAUCCUACACUUAUUAAAUUUUCGAUGCCUUUUAUUCAGUUUGAGGACACACUUGUCUCUAAUAUUUUGUUUUCUUUUAUUCAG